AUGAAAAACAAGAGAAAGAAAUGGAGUUUAGCAAAUGUCCAAGAAUUGAAUAAAAUGGAUAUUAACGAUCAAGAUUAUGAGAAACUAAUAGAAAUUAAAGAAGAUAUUGGUAGUGAUAACAAAAAAAAUAAUGGAGAAAAUGACGUAUACGAAGUAUAUAAAACUUAUAAUAAUCGAUAUUCAAGAGUUUAUGAUAUUGCAAGAUUAAGCAUAUUGGGUUCAUUGAAUGAUAUGUAA